UCUGCAGUGUUGCAAAUAGGUUCCGAAUGCCAGAAUUUUCAUUUUCACGAUUCUAUUUCCAGUUAUCGCAAUUGAAUUCCUGAUUCUUCGCCGUAAAACUAUCAAAUGUGUGUUUCUGCCUGAGUGAGAGAAAAAUCGUCGGACAUUGCAAAAGAUGUCGGGCUCCGCUCACAAACACCGCUACAAAAACGCGGCGCUGGACAGUGUCGAAUUGCGACGACGGCGAGAGGAAGAAGGAGUCCAAUUAAGGAAACAGAAACGAGAACAGCAGUUAAACAAACGGCGGAAUGUUAACGUCAACCAACUCGCCGAAGACAAUGACCAUCUGCAAGUGGAUAGCGAGAUUCUGUCUCCUGCCUCGCCCAUGAUCACCCCCGAAAUGGUCCAGGCUUUAUACAGCCCCGAUGUGGAGCAGCAAAUCAGCGCCACGCAAAAAUUCAGACAACUGCUGAGCUACGAACCCAACCCACCCAUCGAUGAAGUGGUCCAGACGGGGAUCAUCCCACGAUUUGUAGAAUUCUUGCAAAAUUCAAACAAUUGUAGUCUUCAGUUUGAAGCAGCAUGGGCUUUGACCAACGUCGCCUCUGGCACCUCUCAACAAACCAGAAUGGUCAUAGAAGCAGGCGCUGUUCCUAUUUUUAUACGGUUGUUGAGCAGUCAAUAUGAGGAUGUGCAGGAACAAGCCGUUUGGGCGUUAGGAAAUAUAGCAGGGGAUUCACCCGAAUGUAGGGACCACGUCCUGGAUUCGGGCAUUUUAGUCCCACUACUGCAACUCCUUAGUAAAUCUACUCGUUUGUCAAUGACUCGCAACGCCGUGUGGGCGCUGUCCAACCUCUGCCGGGGCAAGAACCCCCCGCCCGACUUCGCGAAAGUGUCCCCAGCUCUACCCGUGCUCGCACGUCUCUUGUUUCACUCCGAUCCGGAUGUCCUUUCCGACACUUGCUGGGCCUUAAGCUACUUAUCUGACGGUCCUAAUGAGAAAAUCCAGGCGGUUAUAGACGCCGGCGUGUGUCGCAAACUGGUCGAAUUGCUGAUGCACCAACAGCCCAAUGUUGUGUCGGCAGCCCUACGCGCGGUCGGUAAUAUAGUGACCGGUGACGAUGUCCAAACCCAGGUCAUACUCAACUGCUCGGCCUUGCACUGCUUGCACCAUUUGUUGUCGUCAUCGAAGGAGUCGGUAAGGAAGGAAGCGUGUUGGACGAUUAGUAACAUCACAGCGGGGAAUCGGCAACAAAUUCAGGCGGUCAUCGACGCGAACAUUUUCCCGGUUUUGAUCGAGAUUUUAAGCAAAGCGGAGUUCAAGACGAGGAAAGAGGCGGCGUGGGCCAUAACGAACGCCACGAGUGGGGGCACACCUGACCAGAUUAGGUAUUUAGUGAAUCAGAAUUGUAUCGGGCCGCUUUGUGAUCUUUUGACCGUCAUGGAUGCGAAAAUUGUGCAAGUCGCCCUCAAUGGCUUGGAGAAUAUUUUGAGAUUAGGAGAGCAAGACGCGAAGAAUCACUCCGGGACUAAUCCUUAUGCCGUUCUAAUCGAGCAGUGUUAUGGAUUGGAUAAAAUCGAGUUUUUGCAAUCGCAUGUCAAUAUGGAGAUUUAUCAGAAGGCCUUCGACAUUAUUGAACAUUUUUUCGGGACGGAAGAGGAGGAUACGACAGUAGCGCCUUCGGUGAAUCCCGAUCAACAGCAGUACCAUUUCAGCUCGGAUCAGUCGGUGCCGAUGGGGGGAUUCCAUUUUUAAAAAAAGUUUUAGAUUAUUUUAAGGACUUGAUCACGCCAAAGGAUAACCUUCAAGAUAUCCGAUAUUUAGUUUGAAUCAAGUGAUAGUGUUACUUCAUUGUAACAGAAUUUUAUGCAUGUAUGACGGAAAGAUCGGAUGUUGACAGCAAGAAUUACGAUUAAAUUUUCUUGUUUUCGGAGAUAAGUGUAAAUUCAUUAAUCUCGAAAUUCGGUUUUGUAACUUUGCUUCGAGUUAUUUAGAUAUGAUUAUUGUGUAAGUGAGCUUUAAUAUAUGCUAUUUAUUUUAUACAGAGGCCAGCUUUUGUCUUCAUUGGUUUAGAUUUUGUAACAGCUAUGUACAUAUUUACGUAAAGUGUGAAACAUACAUGUAUAAAUAUUCCUAACAGCAUAUUUGUUUAUAGUUUUUAUUGUAAAAUAAACUAACAUUUAAGUAAA